AUUAUGAGAAUUCCUAUGGUAGCCUCCAAGUAAACAGAACAACUGAAGGCAUGCUUUCUGCUUCACGAAGCUUCUAUUGCCUUGGAAUUAGAACACGGUUGCUACGGACAGAUUGGCCUUCCAAAUCUGUUAGGUUCUCAGCCUUUGCAACAAUGCCUUUCAAGCACAAAAACGCAAGACGAAUUGAAGGCCUUGAUAGCAAUAUUUGGGUUGAAUUUACAAAGGUGGCUGCAGAUCCCUCAAUUGUCAAUCUUGGUCAAGGCCUUCCUGACAUAUCCCCUCCCAGCUAUGUGAAAGAAGAGCUGGCAAAAGCAGCAGCAGUUGACAGACUGAACCAGUACACACGGGGCUUUGGACAUCCAUCACUGGUGAAAGCCUUGUCUCAGGUGUAUGAAAGAGUUUAUGGAAGGAAGAUUGACCCUCUCACAGAUAUCUUGGUGACAGUGGGAGGAUAUGGAUCUCUCUUUAGUGCAAUACAGGCCUUAGUAGAAGAGGAAGAUGAGGUAAUAAUAAUAGAGCCAUUUUUUGACUGUUAUGAACCAAUGGUGAAGAUGGUGGGUGCAAAGCCCAUUUUUAUUCCUUUGAGAAAUAAAAAUGAUGGAAACUUUGCAUCUAGUGCUGAUUGGGUCUUGGAUCCUACUGAACUUGCUAAUAAAUUUAAUUCUAAAACAAAAGCAAUCAUUCUGAAUACCCCUCACAACCCUACAGGCAAGGUAUUUACACAAGAAGAGCUCCAGCUGAUAGCUGAUCUCUGUAUUAAACAUGAUACCUUGUGCAUCAGUGACGAGGUCUAUGAAUGGCUGGUCUACAAAGGAAAUAAGCACAUUAAAAUAGCUACUUUGCCAGGUAUGUGGGAAAGAACAAUAACUAUAGGAAGUGCUGGAAAAACAUACAGUGUAACUGGCUGGAAGGUUGGCUGGUCUAUUGGCCCCCAGCAUCUGAUAAAGCAUUUGCAAGUAGUUCAGCAAAAUACACUAUAUACUUGCCCAACUCCAUUACAGGAAGCUUUGGCACAAGCCCUUUGGCUAGACUACAAGCGCAUGGAUGAUCCAGACUGCUAUUUCUACUCGCUGUCUCGCGAGCUGGAGGGCAAGCGCGAUCGGAUGGCGCAGCUGCUUCGAGAAGUUGGACUGAAACCUGUUGUUCCAGAAGGAGGAUACUUUAUAAUUGUUGAUGUUUCUGCAUUAAAUGUGGAUCUCUCUGAUGUGGAGGAGAAUCAACGUUAUGAUUAUAGAUUUGUCAAAUGGAUGAUAAAAUCUAAGAAACUUUCAGCAAUUCCUCUUUCAGCAUUUUGUGGUCCUGAGACAAAAGUGCAGUUUGAAAAAUAUAUACGUUUUUGCUUCAUUAAGAAAGACAGCACACUAGAUGCAGCUGAAGUAAUCCUGAAGAACUGGAAUAAACAGAAUGCUUGAUAUUUCUUU